AUGGAUCGUGGAGCGAACGAAUAUAGUGAUUUAUUUUAUCACAGUGUUCAAGUAUUAAACAAUUAUACUGAUGAUGUAUCAGAAGAAAACUUCUUAGAACAAUAUUUUCAAGAAAACGAUGUUCCAGAUCGUGAUUUUAUAUCCACAGUUCUAUUCGAUUGUGUUCGUCAUUCAACAUUACUAAGAACAGUUAUGGAAAUAUUUUAUUCAACAGAUGGAAUCAACGUGAGAAGAUCAGAACAAAACAUGUAUAAAGUUAUAUCCUAUAUUAUCUUCUUUCAACUUGACACAGUUGGUUUGAAAUUAUUACGAGGAUUUAUCAACACCGUACAGUUACAUCGAAUGUAUCAGUUUUUACAAUUUUUAUUAAAUGACGAUAGACUAAUGGCUGUUAGAGAAGAAUGUUUGAAAUUAUAUGACAAAGAAUAUUUUGACGAGAAAAUUUACCGUGUGAUUAAAAGUCAUUUACCUCAUUUGAAAUCUGUCCUAUUGGACUUAACAGAUAUUGUCGAAGGCCGUUCAGCUCCUCGCCAAAUUCAACCACCCACAAAAACCAAACCAUUUAAAAUAACCUCACCCAAACAUCGGGCUGUACCCGUACCACAAAUUAUUCCAAAAAUGGAACGAAUUAAACCGGCACCAAAAACGACUUAUGAACCAUCACGAGAACGUAUUGAAUUAGAAAAAGUUCGUGAAGAAAAUCAUCGUAAAGCCAUAGAAAAACUGGAGCAUACACGAACGUUAAAAUAUGGUUUUAUGCAAACUGAAAAGUCUCAUAAGACACACGAAAAAUUAUCAAAAAUUGUUGAAGAUCGAGAAAAAAAUUUACAAUUUGAUAUAUUUCGAGCUAAUCCACCACCGAAACCACAAGUAAAUAAAAUACCCGUAAAAUUGAAUGUGGCAUCGGUAUUAAAAGAAAGUCAAUUGUAUCGUCGUCACGAAGAUGAAGUUCGUCGUCGUUUACAAGAAUAUGAAUUUGGUGCACGAGAUGCACAAGAAUUUCUUACAUGGCAGACAGAUAUGCGUAAAAAAGAUUAUGAUUCAGAUUUAUUAGAAUUAGAACGAAAACGUUUAGAAGGCAAAUUGAGUUAUGAAGAAGCUAUAUUAGCCAAACAACGUUUGCAAGAUGAAAAUAAACGAAUGGCAGAUGAAAUGAAAGAAAAAACACGAGAAAUUAUUGACGAUUAUGUUAAAGAAAAAGUUAAAGAUGAAAAAAGGAUGAAACAACUCAUCGAAGAAGUUAUUGACGGUCGUGAAAAUGCCAAAUUAGCUCAACAAAAACUUCAGCAAUAUAAAAAAGAUUUUGUCAAACAAUAUAAAGAAGAACUCAAAGAUAUGAUGAAACAAGCACUCGAAGAUGCUGAAGUUGAAAUGCGUCAACGUUUUGAAUUAAUUCAACAAAUUCGUGCUAUGGAAUCGGUACCAGUUGAUCGUUGGAAACCGGUUGAUCUUACAACAAUCGCUGGACAUGGUGUACUAGAUGAAAUGUCCAUAGCAGAAUUGAGAGAACGUCUGGAAUUGGUGAAAGAUGAACGGGAAAAAGAACGAGAAUUAAAACGUGAUCAAAUAAUCAAGGAAAAACAAGAUAAAGAAAAACAAAUAACAGAUACUGUACAAUAUAUUGUAAAAUUUAGAAAUGAAUUGACAACAGCGGCAGCUGUCAAAAAACAGCGUCAGAGUACAAGCGCACAACCGGCUGAUUUCACUAACAAACCUGAAAUUCAACAAUUGAAAAAUGAAUUGGAAACAAAACGAUCUAAGAGGCUAGAACAUCACAAACAACAACAAAAUUUACAACGAAAAAGUUCAUCUGCACUCACCACGAGCUCGUUAGGACCAUUAAACAUCUUGCAAGACCUUAUCACUUCUUAUCAAGUUGAUCUUGUAAGAUCAUACACCAGGGGUGGGCCAGAUAGGUCUGAGCCCUACCUAGCCCAAAAUCCUGGCUCCGCCACUGCAUUUAAAACAAAUGGAGAUAGCGAAAACAUCUACUUGGAACCAGAAUAUGAUGUUAGUACACAAAUUGUACCAUUUUUCGAUAUAUUAGCUGAAGAACUCGUAUUAUUAGCGAGAAAAUCGUCUCACCACAUUCGAUUGGCAAAGUUGCACGAUGAUGUUUUAUUUCUAAAAACAUUAGUCAUGCGAAAAUUUAAUCAAAUGACUAAACGAUUAGUUGAGAGUGAUAAUAGAAUAAAAACAAUUAAACAAAAAUGGGAUGAAAAAAGUUCCACAUCACAAUCAUCCAAUAAAAAACAGCAGCCAUACAAAAGCAAUAGCUCUUCUGUUAAUGGCGAUUUAAAUGUCACACAAGACUCAACUGAGAUAUCACGUCAUAAUACAUCCAAUGGUGCUGCCGAAGAAGUGUUAUCCUCCUCUUUUCUAUGCUGUAAUCGAAGUUUUCUUUCCUCUUCAUCGUGUUGUACAUCCACACCGGAAACAUUUCGUCGUCGUCUCGCUGAAAGUUCUGUAUCUACUAUUCACCAUUCCUCAUUGAUUCAAGAACAUUUUGUCUCUAUUCGAGAGCAAUUAUGUCUUUCAUGUUCAUCAUGUACAUGCUAUGAUGUUUUACGAAAUAAAAUUGAAUUAGAAUAUUUGACAUUGAGCUCAAAGACGGAUCAAUUCAAAUGUGACAAUGAACUUUUACAACGUUUACUAGCCGAAUGUAAAUAUUCGUAUGAACAACAAUAUUUGUUAUUUAGUCAAAAUGAACAGUAUCUCAUUGAAUUUGAGCAAACAAUUCGAUUACAAACCGAUUUAAUUCAAGUUUAUGAACAUUUAGUUGAUCUACUAGAGGCGAGUAAACGAAGUCAGAAAUGUGAAACAAUAGCUGGAGCAACAACAAUAGGAGGGAAAAAUGAAAUGUCGAUACACGUCGAUGAAAAUGGAAUACAUCAUCAACAUAUUUAUCAAAAAAUAAAUGAUUUAUCAACAGUUAAUAAUGAUGUGUAA